CUUCUCGAUCAGGACUUAAAAAUCAAAGAUUGGACUAAGGAAGGCACUAAUUUAAACACUUAGGUGAUUAUUAUACAGAAAUCCUUUGGUCUAACCUUGUAUAUCAUGGCGUGUUUUGCUGCCACUCUUGGUGUCGUCAUUCUUUCAGGAUUCAUCAACCUCUCAGCAGCAAACCAGGACACUUGUGAUCUUUAUGCUGUAGUUGGACAGAGUCUAACUCUGCCGUUUGUCUUUGAGGAACUGGCAAACUCCCAUGUGCUGAGAUGGACUCAUAAUAAAUCAAUAAUUUUGUACAGACAGCAAGGCAAAGUGUCUGUUGGAAAGCCCGAGGACAUCUCUAAAACCGGAUCUCUUUUCCUGAAGAACCUACAAUUCUCAAGUGCAGGGACUUACCAAGCAGAUGUCCUGAAUCCCAAUGGUACACUGGCUGUAACAUGGACUGGUCGUCUCUGUAUGAUGGACAAGGUAGCGAAACCUCUGCUCACUUACAUUUGUGACUCCAAGACUAGUGCUGUUGAUCUAAAUUGCCAAGUAGCUAAACUUCAGGGUUCGGUGUUCUCGUGGACACUCAAUGAAAAGACCUUAACAGGCGAAACAAGACAAACCCUGAGCAUAUCACUGGCACAGCUGAAAGAGCAGAAGAGCUUCACAUGCAGUGUGGCAAACAAAGUCAGCAAUGAGAAGAGUGACACUGUCCGUCCAACCUGUAAAAGUCCACCACCACCAACUUUGUACUGUUUUACGUCCAAAACUGCUGUAGCACUGCUGGCAGGAGGAGCAGGUCUGAUUGUGCUUUUGCUCAUCAUAAUCAUGAUAUUAUGUUGCUGCUACAGACGCAUCAAAAUCCAAAUGAGACGCAGGGAUGAAGGGGAGCUGAGGAUGCGUUCUUUAAACAAACGAGAGCCAGGCUCCAUCAGUCUAGAGUAUGAGACGAUGCAACAGACGGAGGACUCUCCACCCGUGAGUCCCAACUCUUCACCCAGAGACUGUUAUGAGAAUGUUUCUGAGCCUGAAGCUCAAACUGAAAACAGGCCGGCACAGCUAUCCGCAGAUGCCGAGGGACAGCGACCUUCACCUGUGCCGAAGCCAAGGACGAAGAGCCCCAAGACACCAAACAUCUGAAUGUGCCUCCCUCUCUUACUGGAUAUUUCAGGAACUAAGACAAAAAGGCAUGUUUUUUUAUCUUGACAACAUUCAACUGAUUCAAAAUAAAGAAAAGCACUUAAGAACAACACUUUUAACCUACUUCUUUAUUUCUUUAAUUUAGCUUAUAUGUUGGUGUACACCUAUAUAGAUGCAGUACAUGGACAAUGGAGGUAGAAUUUGAGGCAGCAUCGUCUUUAUUUUCUCUGCAACUUUAAAAGGUGAUAUCAUGUCUUGUAUAUGUAGAAGUGUUGUUGUUAAUGUGUUCAAUGUAGACGUUGUAGUGGUGGGGGUUAAGGGUUGGUGGGAAUAUAGAGGAGGCUGAUCCCCCGGUGCACAUUAGGAAACUGUGUGGAGGAAUUUGAUGUAUCGAUCUAAUUUGUUAAUGUUACUGACGGUCUUAUCUGUUUUUAUGUUAAAAAAAUGUUUAUGUUAUGUUUAACUGUAGAGCCAAUGUUCUUCUGUGUUAUAAAUAAAGACAUUUCCAGACAAAAAAAAAGAGAGUUUCGUAUAAAAUAUUUGAUAUAUAAUAGAUUAAAGCAUAUAGCUAGUGAUAUGAACGCCAUGAAAAGGCCAAAACCAAUCAUUAUUCUGUCUUUCAGCGCUUUGCUAAGAAGCAUACAGAUAUAAAUACAUACAUAAAUGUAAAAAAAAACAAA